GUCCUCCUGUCGAGCCCCUGGAGCCAACCAGGCCUUUACCGACUCUUCCUGUUCGCAGAAUUCACUCCACUUCGGAGAGAAAACACGAGAGACAGCCACGACCUCCUAGUCCUCCUCUGGGUGACAGGCCAUCUCCUCCUGGCACAAAACCGAACAUCUGUGAUGGCAACUUUAAUACCGUGGCUCUCUUUAGAGGAGAAAUGUUUGUUUUCAAGGAUCGCUGGUUCUGGCGGCUGCGCAACAACCGAGUGCAGGAGGGAUAUCCCAUGCAAAUCGAGCAGUUCUGGAAAGGCCUCCCUGCAAAGAUUGAUGCAGCCUACGAGCGGUCUGAUGGAAAAUUCGUUUUCUUCAAAGGUGAUAAAUACUGGGUUUUUAAAGAAGUGACAGCAGAACCAGGCUACCCACACAGUCUGGUGGAGCUGGGGAGCUGUCUGCCCCGGGAAGGCAUCGACACGGCUCUGCGCUGGGAGCCAGUAGGCAAAACCUACUUCUUCAAAGGCGACAGGUACUGGAGGUACAACGAGGACAAGAGAGCAACGGACCCAGGAUACCCAAAGCCCAUCACCGUGUGGAGAGGAAUCCCUCAGGCUCCACAGGGAGCUUUUAUCAGCAAGGAAGGCUUCUAUACCUACUUUUACAAAGGGAAGGAGUACUGGAAGUUCGAUAACCAGAGGCUGAGCGUGGAGCCAGGCUACCCCAGGUCAAUCCUCAAAGACUGGAUGGGCUGUAACCAGAAGGAUGUUGAACGAAGCAAAGACAGGCGCCUCCCCCACGAUGAUGUGGAUAUUAUGGUGACAAUAAACGAUGUGCCUAGCACUGUAAAUGCAAUCGCAGUUGUGAUCCCUUGCAUUUUGUCUCUGUGUAUCCUUGUCUUGGUAUACACGAUCUUCCAGUUUAAAAACAAAGAGGUGCAGCAAAAUGUUGUGUAUUACAAAAGACCUGUCCAGGAAUGGGUAUGACACAGCCCGCUGCACAUUGCAACUCAUUGAUCUGAUGAGGACUAUGGACACACAAAAAAAAAAAAAAAAAA